UUUGUCAUUAUAGUAAAUAAACUGAAAAAUCAAAUACCAGUACCUAUACAUGCCUCAUUUUUUAUUGCUUCAAUACUAAAUGUGAUGAAUCAACUUCGAAGGUAAUUCGGUUCGAAUAAUUUUUCAUCUCACGAAGAUAGAUAAUAAUGAAUUUCACAUUCAAUUUAACAAUUUCAAGGUUGUGUUAGAGGUAGGCGUAAAUUACUUGUAAUUUUGAUAGAUUAAUCUGAAAUGAUGACAAAAUUUCUUCAUAAUACAUAUAUGCAGUGGCACCCACAUAGUUUUAUUCACAUUUCUAUUCAAGUUUCUUUGAUAUAUCAAGGUAACUCAAGUUGUUGCUGUUUGAGUGUUAGUGGAAGUCUCUGAACAUUUCCCUGGACAAAAAUAUGAAUAUGAACAUACCAUCUAAUUCAAAAGAAAAUAUGCAGCAGCCUUAUAAUACUGCAAUGCAAGAUUACACUGGAAAUAGAUUAUAUCCUUCAUCUAAAAAGGCUGAAAAUGCCAUUGAGCAAUACAGUGAUUUCCAGAAGAGAAAAGAUGUUUUUUCGCAACCAAAUGAAUUAUCUUCUAGUCAAGGUACACUAUAUUCAGUAUCACAGAGAGUGCCAGCUACGAAUACUAGUUGUUCAAGCAUCUGUAAUGGUGAUUUAGCUUGUGGUCAUGAUCCCAAAGGACCUUCUGCUUCAAAUGGGUGGGAACAUGAAGAAACAUCUAACGAGGGACAAAAAGAAAUGAGCAAUGAAGGACUUUCAGAUAAGCACAUUUCUGAAACAAGCACAUCCGCAUCUGUUCCAAGCCUAACAGUGAACUGUACGGCAGCAAGUUGCAAUAAUGUAGUCAACGAAAUUCUCCAGGGACCCGUAAUACCUACUUGCGUUUACCUUCACAAUAGGUCUGCCAUUAUGAUGGAAAUCGAGGAUACUCCCACAGCCAAUGUUGAUAUGAUAUGCCAAGCAAUAGUCAAUUGUGAUGAGCUUGGCUUGAAUAAACACAUUGCCUGCCAAGUUUUCACCUUGUGGAUGAUGAGCCCUCUGCUUGAGGUACAGUUGAAAAGAAUGCAGAAACCUUAUGAGAUAAGGAAGACAUGGCGUUCGUUGGUGGAACAUUACAGCCAUGCUUCUUAUAAUAAGCAAGAGAGAGAUGAACCAAAACUCAUGUUUCAGAGGAAUGUUUUCUUUCCUCUUAGUUUGGAAGAAAAAAUCAAGGAUCCAAAGAUCCUAGAACUGCUCUACGAAGAAGCGAAGAACAAUAUAAUAAAUGCGAGGUACCCUUGCGAAGUUGCGCAUUAUAUAAUGUUAGGAGGGGUACAAGCACACAUCGAACUGGGUCCUUACAAUCCUCAAAUACAUUCCACUCACUACUUUAGGGAGGAACAACACAAAUAUCUACCAAUUCACGUGAGAAAGAGCGCCACCUGGGCGUGGUUGCCUAUGAGCUACAAAAAUUCACCUGAGGUCAGACUGUUGGAGCACUAUAAACGUGUCCCGUCUUCGGCUACCAACAGAAAACUGAUGAAGAAAUAUCUUGAAUUCUGUUGGACUUUACCAUUCUAUGGGGCUGCGUUUUUCGAGGGUCAGAUCGAGCAACCUGUUCGCACUCUUACAUCUCUCAUCACAUAUCAUGACCUACCGGUGCUUGUGGCAAUCAAUGCUUCUAGUGUCUACGUUAUCGACGAUAUUGAAUGUACUGUUCUUGUUGGCCUUCGAUAUGAGGAUCUCAGUUGGGAAUUUGCUAGACCUUCCAGAGAAGAUGAACCGAAUUGCUUGCCCUGUCUUUUUCUACAAUUCAUGGUCGUUGAGAAUGGAACCAGAGUAUCGAAAAUACUGCAAGUGUUUUCCAGACAAGCUCGCCUGAUGGACGGUUUAAUAACUCAAUUUGUCAAUCGAAUAAAACAAAAAGCUACAGAUGAAACAGAUAACAAAGCUUCACCAGAAUAUCAAGCAAAUACUGAAAAUGAAACUCGACCCAUUGUGAACUAUCCAAAUUCAACACAAACUAUUUCUAGUUUAUCCAACAAACUAGGAAGACUUACUUUAGCAACAUUUGAUGAAAAUGGACAUUGUAUUGGGCAUAUGGGUUCAUGGUCUUACAAUUAUUGAUAAAUUAAGAUACAUCUACGAACAGGAAUCAGUAGAUGUGUAGUGUAGACUGAUUGAGAUAGGAAUAUUAAUAAGUCUACACAUCUAAAACUACCUACUCUAAUCUAAACAUGACAUGGGGAUUUGAGGUUAUUAUAUCGUUAAUAUGAAAUGUAUACUUUUUGCAUUUAUAUCAUUUCAGUACUACAGUUAUUGUUUUUUGUUGUUCUUGUUAUUUCUACACUACUACUAUUUAAUUCUACUAUACAUAUAUAAUCCUAGUUCUUAAGUAAUGAUGGAUUGAAUCUCUCAUGGAAUAUAACACAUCUAGUCUUUGUACCUGUCUAAUUUUACGAUUUUUUGUUGAUUUAAAUUAUUAUUGUUUUAACUUGAUCAACUGAUGUAACAUAAUAACCUAUAUUGUUCGAUCACAAUUUUUUGGAAUCCGUGUUUGAACUAAAAUUUUAUAUUUAAUAGAUUUUUUAUUGAAUAUCGCAUGUAGAUUUUGAAUUUUUUUUAUAACGGAAUAACUACUUUGCUAUAUCUUACAUGAUAAUGAAUUGUGCGAGUGGGCAUUUAUUUGUGCACUAAUGAUAUUUCGGUUAGUUGCCGAGUUAAUCGAAUUAGAAUAGAAGGAAUAAAUUCGCUCACAUAAUCCUCAAUCAUAUGAGACACAAUUUCAUAUACUAUACAGCAAGUUUUAUAAAAAUAUUCAAUUUUAUGAGUUCAUGCCAUUCCAAUAAUUGCAUUUUUAUAUUGUACUUAUUUGUUAUCUCUAAUAAUUUUUGUGAUAAAUCUUAUCUAAAACCAAAGAUUUUUAACAUGUUUUGUUGAUUAUGUUUUAAUAAAUAUCUGUUUUACAUUAUAA